AUGGUGCGCUUCAAGCACAGGUACCUGCUCUGCGAAGUAGUGUCCGACGACUCGCGCUGCCGCCUCAGCCUGGACGACCGAGUGCUGGUCGGCCUCGGCCGGGACACGACCGCCCGGGUGCACGGGACCUUCGGCGCCGCCGCCUGCUCCGUCGGCUUCGCGGUUCGAUACCUCAAUGCCUACACUGGAAUAGUGCUACUUCUAUGCAGAAAGGAAUUCUACCAGCCCCUAUGGUCAGCUCUUCCCUUUAUCACUUAUUUGGAGAACAAAGGACACCGUUAUCCAUGUUUUUUCAACACAUUACAUGUGGGAGGUACCAUUAGGACGUGUCAGAAGUUCCUGAUUCAGUACAACAGGAGACAGCUGCUGAUCCUGCUGCAGAAGUGUACGGACGAAGGAGAGAGGGAAGCUAUCCAGAAGGCCGUCACAAGAAGCUCUUUACUAGAGGAAGAAGAGUCGGCUGAGGAAGAGCUUUCAGACAGUGCUGGCGAGGCCACCAAAGCAACGGAGUGAACUUCUGGCGCCCACACGGCAGGC